UGACACCUGUCACAAUAACUAAAAGUUACUGUAUUUUCUUAGCUUUUCCACAAAAAUGGAUAAGAAUAGGGAAAAGAAAACCAAACAAGAACCAAGUAUCUAUUUCACACCUUUCAACUGGUUAAAAGACGCGAAAAUUUACAACCACAAGUACGAGAGAGUCCCAAGCGCUUGGAUGACAGACAACGUUGAUUGUAUCAUCCUAUAUUUCUCCAUGCGAAACGUCGACAGACCUGAUGACAUUAUGUACCAAUUCUACGAGUGGUAUGAAAACGCCAGGUACAUAAACCUUCCCAUUGAAGUCAUCAAUGUACCCAUGGAUGAGACCAAGGAAAACAUGUGUCAUGGAUACGACGAACAAGCCAACUGGUUCACUCUCAUGUACAAUGACCCACUUAUCCUCACUCUUCAGUACAUCUACGCAAUAUGCUCCGUACCUCACCUCGUAAUCAUCAGAACUGACUGCUCUGUCGUCUCCCAACACGGGAUUUUAGACCUUGAUAAGUACGGAAUAAAUGCUUUUAUUACUUGGAUGUCAACCUCAGCUGCUGCGUGCACUCCCAAGAGACUUAGCAAGGAAUUAAAAAUGUAUGGACCUAAGUGGAAGUACUUGACCGCUGGCGUCGGAAAGACUGAUAAACCUGAUUACACAAGAAAGUUCAGUAUAAUGCAAAAGCCGGAUGAGACGACGUCAAUUGGAAUGUCAAUAAGAACUUCGGAUCUUAGUGACAAGUUGCCUCUGAAUCAAUCUUAGUUCUUUUGUUUUCUGUGCUCCUAGUACUCUCAGAAAGUCUUUGGAGUCUUAGCUCCGAAUGAUGCGUUCAUCUCUUCAUGAAUUAUUCUUUUUUUCUUAAUUUAUAUACCAUCGUAUAUAUUUAAUUCGUU